UCUGCUCAACCCUCAUUCAAAACAGAUCACAGCUGUUGCAAAGCACACUGCCUUUAGGCGCUUCUGAAAUCUGCUGCCACAACGAAACGAGUGUUUCACCCGAAAAGAGGGACCUGGCACCCAUCUCAGUGUGAGUGCACACACUGAGGAUGAGGAGUGGUCUCCUGCACUAACAGACUGAUGGUGUGGGAAUGAUGGACCUCCCCAAUGGCCAAUCAAGCAUCACCACUGCCUCUGAGAAGAGCAGCAGCUCAGAGUCUCUCAGUGAGAAGGGUUCUGAACUGAAGAAGAGUUUUGAUGCCGUCGUCUUCGAUGUCCUGAAGGUCACCCCGGAGGAGUAUGCAGGUCAGAUCACACUCAUGGACGCUCCAGUGUUCAAAGCCAUCCAGCCUGAGGAGCUGUCGAGUUGUGGCUGGAACAAGAAGGAGAAGCACAGCUCUGCUCCCAAUGCUGUGGCCUUCACCCGCAGAUUCAACCAGACGACUUUCUGGGUGGUGAGGGAGAUCCUGCAUGCUCAGACCCUGAAGAUCAGAGCUGAGGUACUCAGUCUCUACAUCAGAACUGCCAAGAAACUGUGUGACAUAAACAACCUGCAUGCAGUGAUGGCUGUGGUGUCAGGCCUACAAAGCGCUCCCAUCUAUAGACUCUCCAAGACAUGGGCGUUGUUGAGUCGGAAGGACAAAACAAUGUUUGAGCGGUUGGAGUAUCUCAUGGCCAAAGAAGACAACUACAAACGUCUCCGAGACUACAUACGCAGCCAGAGCAUGAACUCCUGCAUACCAUACCUGGGGAUGUAUCUGUCUGACCUGACAUAUAUAGACUCAGCGUAUCCCUCUACUGGCAGCAUCCUGGAGAAUGAACAGAGAUCCAACCUCAUGAACAACAUCCUGAGGAUAAUAUCUGACCUGCAACGCUCCUGCACCUAUGAUAUACCAGUGUUGCCUCAUGUCCAGAAGUAUCUCAACUCAGUCAGGUACAUUGAGGAGCUACAGAAGUUUGUGGAGGAUGACAACUACAAGUUGUCGUUGAAGAUUGAGCCAGCCACCAGCACCCCUCGCUCUACUGCCUCUAGAGAGGACCUCGUAGGUCCUGACGCUUCUACGUCUCCUCUCUGUGGGCAUAAGGGCCCCAUUGCAGACGGAACCAAAAUCCCUCCCACGCCCCCCUCCCCUAGGAACCUCCUCCCCUACGGACACAGAAAGUGUCACAGCCUGGGCUACAAUUUUAUCCAUAAGAUGAAUACAGUGGAGUUUAAGAGCGCUACGUUCCCCAACGCUGGUUCUCGUCAUCUAUUGGACGACAGCGUCAUGGAGAGCCACACCCCUGCAAGAGGACAAGCUGAGAGCUCAACGCUCUCCAGCGGCAUCUCACUGGGGAGCAGUGAAGGUUCAGAGCUCAGCGAGGAGAUGUCCUGGCCAGCCUUUGAGAGGACUCGGUUCUAUCACUCUCUGGGGCCUGUGACCCGCGUGGCCAGAAUCCCCUACAGAGGAGGCCUGAGGCCCAGCAGCUCGGCAGAGUCUGAGGAGUUAGCGGUGCACCUGUACCCUGGAGCCGUCACCGUACAGGGAGUCCUACGACGCAAGACUGUCCUCAAGGAGGGCAAGAAACCCACGGUAGCGUCGUGGACCAAGUUCUGGGUGGCUCUGUGUGGAACUCAGCUCUACUUCUACCCUGCCAAGUCCCUAAAGGCCACAGAGAGAAAGCAUUUCAAGUCAUCUAGCAGUAAGAGUGUGUGUGUCGUGGGGUUAAUGGCCAUCAUGGCAGACGACCCUGAACAUCCCGACAUCUUCCUGCUCACAGACUCUGAACAUGGUAACACCUAUAAGUACCAGGCAGGGAACAAAAUGAACGCCCUGCUGUGGUUCAAACACCUCAGUGCUGCCUGCCAGAGCAACAGACAACAGGUCCCAGCCAAUUUGAUGUCCUUUGAAUGAUUGCUGCUGAAGAGGACAGAACGAUGGAGACAGAAAAGAAAGGAAUAGGGGAGGAGAUGAGAAGGAGGGUUAGUGACUUAGCAGCAGGAGCUUUCACUGCCAUGACCCCUGACCUACACACCCUGACCCCAGCCCCACGGCAACCCCCCCCCCUACUGCCACCACUGCCUUAACUUAAGGAGCCGUGUGUGUAUGAGUGUGUUGAAGCAGUGGUUAAUUUGGCUGCGUAGAUUACUGAAUGGGGAACUACACCACUUCUCCUUUCUUAUUGUCUCCUGAGUUUUUUCCAGUGGACUAUCAACCUCGUGGAACUAUGGGAUGUCUCCUCUCCUCUUUCUUGGGAUGGAUGGACAUUAUUUAUCCUUUAUCCUUGUUUUUCAUCACUCCCCCUCUUCUUGACACACCGUGGUCUGGUGGAAGACAGUCUGCACUUUGUAGGGCAGGACUUACACAACAACACACUCACAAACAACACUGGACUAAGCCAAUGGAAUGGGAUUUUAAACACUUUUCUUUAUCACACUUUGACUCACACACACAAGACCCCAAUGGUGUCUUCACACACUUGACAUGAGUUGGGCUCACAAAACUGACACUUUUCGCUCAUUCACAUAUGCACAAAUGUACACACAAGCACACACACUCGGACAAGGGGGAGUGAGCGUGUGAUUGCAGCAUUGUGAACAUGAAGGGCUCUGAUUCUCAAUCUAUUCCAGCAGAAUCUACUCCCACACACACGUCCUGAAUGUCUCCAACUGUUUUCUAUUCCAGAGCCUCCCCUUCUCGGGUCUAUGUAUGUGAGCGCGUAUGCUAGGUCACAUCACCGAUACCAUAAACCCAGUGUCUAAGCUUUCCUCUAUUCCACUGUUAUGGACCCAGUUAUAUCUCUUUUAGAAAUAGGCUUUUGGGUUACUCUCUGGACAACCGUCUGUGCUCUGUCCACUUGUUAAGGCUCUAAAUUCCCCAGAACACACACACACAUUAACACUAAAGACUUGAAAGCUGUGAAAAGGUGAAAGAUAGAGCAGAGUGAAAGUGUUGAAGGGAUACUUGGGGAUUUUGGCAAUGAGGUCCUUUUAACCACUUCCCCAGAGUCCGAUGAAGUCAUGGAAACCAUUUGUAUGUCUCUGUGUCUAGUAUGAAGGAAGUUGGAGGUAGUUUCGCGAGACAAUGCUAACUAGUGUUAGCGCAAUGGCUGGAAGUCUAUUGGUAUCUACUAGCAUGCUAACAGAUACCCAUAGACAGAGACAUACAAAUGGUUUCCAUGACUUCAUCGGACUCUGGGGAAGUGGUUAAAGGGGCCUCAUUGCAGAAAUCCCCAAGUAUCCCUUCAACACCAGACAAAUGAUGUUCUCAACUUGUUGUUUUGUUGUUGCUUUAACAUGAGUGGGAGAUUCAGGUCCUGAGCUAACCUGCUUCACAACUCUAGAGUGUGUGUUUUAUACACACAGACUGCUACAGACACACACACACACACACACUGCUGCAGACACACACAUGACGCUAUCUGGAGCCAUUCAGAAUUAAUUUUAACGAUUUUGUUUAGUGUUUUAGUUUCCUUGGUGUGCUGGAUGUAUUGGCAGUAUUACCCUGUAGAUGACAUACAAAUGUCUAGCUUGUUUUAAUUGUCUGUUACAUUUCUGUUACAUUUUAUUUUUGGUUUCUUCACUUUUUCUGACAAUUGUAUACCUUUUUUUAUUUACUUGUUUUUGAUUUUAUUGUUGUAGUUUUUUAAUGUUUUCUCACCUAUGAGUUUCUCACAUAGGAGUACGGUACAGACCUACUACACUCUAAGGCAGAGUUCCCUGGCAGCCUCUAGACCUUUCCCCUGGUCCAUACUCCUGGCAUCUUCACAGGGGUGUGCCAAUGUACCAAACACAUUUUAUUUCAGAUUUGGGAGCAAGUGUUACAAUUAGAACAAAUUAAAUGAAUAUGUUUUUGGGGAAAGGAAUAAGGAUGGUGUAGUAACAUAUAUUCUGAUACUAGUCAUCUCAGAAAGGACUUAAAGCUUUAAUAGUGAUUUAUCCUACAUUAUAAACUGGGUGGUUCGAGCGAUGAAUGCUUAUUUGGCUAAAGCCGUGGUAUAUCAGACCGUAUACUGUACCAUGGGUAUGACAAAACAUGUAUUUGUACUGCUCUAAUUACGUUGGUAACCAGUUUAUAAUAGCAAUAAGGCACCUUGGGGGUUUGUGAUAUAUGGCCAAUAUACCACGGCUAAGGACUGUAUCCAGGCACUCCGCGUUGCGUCUUGCAUAAGAACAGUCCUUUGCCAUGGUAUAUUGGCCAUAUACCACACCCCCUCGGGCCGUAUUGCUUAAUUCUCUCCUGUCUCUGUCUCAACUUGAUAGUCAGGUUAGGUCCUGACUUGUAACAAUGAUUUACAUCUCCCAUCUGUUCCUAUAGCUAUGUUUGUCUCUUUUAGUUCACAUGUCUAUUGUCUACUUACAAUCGGAGGUCCAGCAAGUUCGCAUAACAUUCCUCACACCUCAAACUGACACUGUACUCUAGCAGCUAGAGACUCCAUCUCCCAUGGGCCUUGUGUGGCAGCUGUUGUCUCUUAGGUCCUCUAGAGGCUGAGCUAAUGGGAGUAGGUAGGUAGAACUUAUCCCUAACCACUGAUAUAUAGGGCCAGACUUUUAUUCACCCCCUAAUGGCUUGGUGUAAUCUGAUCCUAGAUCUGGGGCUAAGGGCAACUUCUACAUACUCCAUUUCAAUGACCUACAGAGGCUCAUUUCAGAUGGUCAACUCCUCAGCUCCUGGUAGUUAUCCCAGCAUAACCCCACACACACACACACACACACACACACCUACAGCAUCAGCUCCAUUAACAGCUACGCACCAGCAGGGCUCUGUCAUACACAAACGAGUGGAUGAGGAAGCCAGAGAAAGAGAGGAAUGAGAGGGGUAGUGUUCGUGGUACAAAGGGAUGAGAGGAAAGUAAUAGUAUGAGUGAGUAGAACUUUUAAUUGUUUUAUUUUAUUUUAAUUAUACCUUAUUAAGAUUAGAUAGGCAGAGCCUCUAGGCUGUCAUUUCCUCACUGUUGAGCAGUGUGUAGAGCUCUGUGGGAAGUGGUAUGGCAUAUUCUAUGUGGAGUGAGUAUGAACAGAGAGUUGAAUGAAUCUAGUACAGAUGGUGGGGUGCAGGAGCUGGACAGCGAAGCAAUCGGACAGAAGCUGCCCACAGAAGACCAGCAGAGGCGAAAGCAGUCUGUUUCCCCUCUGUCCUCUUUUCCACUCCCAUCUCUUGUCACAUCACUACUCCCCUUCACCUUCUCUUUCUCCUCUGGACAUAGAGGGCUUCAAUGCAAGAUGAAAAGGGUGAGAGAUGAAAUGCAAGAAAGGUAUUUUCCCAUGUUAGUGUAGUGUCAAACAGGGCGUGAGUGAUGUUUGCAUGUAUACCAGUGUCAUAACUAACUUACUAUUAAAGGUAAAGGUUUAGGAGUGCCCUUGAGCUUUUACAAUCUGUUAGGGUGGGCCUUUUUGUUUCUGAGAACUUUCUGAAUGUCAAAAAGGUUUGUGAGGUUUCCACAUUGUAACCAAAAUGUACAAGGUUUCUGUGUCAAUGUACAAAUGCACAACCGUGUGUACUGUCAGUGAAGUUGCUUUUUGGAUUUGUCUGCAGCUAUCAUUUUUAUUUUCCUUUACAGUUCAGCUGAGGUGACUGGUUUACACAGGAGGGGGGUGCUGUGGUGUUGUGUGUGCGCUGUAGGAAUGGAGAAGUUGCCUGUAGCCAUAGUUAAGCAUAUUCCCUCGAAAUCCUAAUUUUAACCAUAGGGAAAAUGUAUAACUGACCUUGGAUCAUUGUCUAGGGCGACAUCUACCUACUCUACUCCAUAUGGCUCAGUUGGAGAGUGAUGUUUAUGAUGUGUUGAAGACGUCACUUAGCUCUGUCCAUGCCCCAUGGGGUGUGUCCAUGUGCCAUCCCUCUACCACCUGUACCCUGACCCCGGUGAGGACCCACCCAUGUCAUGUGGCCCAGGUUUGCACUAUGACCUCUGAACUGAGUGAUGUGACCCGAGCCUCAUCCAGACAACCAAUAAACACUCUGCCCUUUUUAUACUCUGUCCCUUUGGUUCGCUUUUAUUUAUUUAAACAUGGUUUCAGCUUAAUGUGGUGUAUGAAUGUGUGUGUAAGGCCAGGAAUUUUGACCUUCCACAUGAAAUGUUAAACCACAUGAACUGUUAAAUGUCCUGGACAGUGCUUGUGGUUAGAAAAAAAAACUUGUGUGUGUCUAAACUGGUGUUAAUACAUUUUAGGUCCUGAUUAACCUACAAUCCUUCCUACUGAAAUAAACCUACUUGAAUUGUU